AUGGUGCUUCCACUCAAAGCAGAGGAAAGACUAACUCUUUAUGAAAUUAGUAAUGUUUUACAGUCUCAAAUUCAUGAUAUUUCAACAGGUUCUAAAUCCAACAGGAUUCAUAUUCUACAGCAGCCUACAUCAUCAGGUGGAAAUGUGACUCUACUAUGUACAAUCCAAAACGAACAAGAGAGUUGUGGAGGUGAUCACAAAGUCUACUGGUUCAGACACGGUUUAGAAAAAUCCCAUUCAGGAAUCAUUUACACUCAAGGAAGUUGUAAAAACAGCUCAAUGGCUGUUUCUCCUACCAAGAGCUGUGUCUACAGUCUCUCUUUGAGAAACAUCAAGCCCUCUGAUGCUGGGACCUACUACUGUGCUGUGGUCACAUGUACAGAAAUUUUAUUUGGACAUGGAAUUAAUCUGGCUUCUGAUGAUGAACAUAAAGGCCAGCACAUAAAGAUCUUCAUUCUAAUUGGCCUUGCAGCACUGCUGACCGUAAGCUUCUUCAGUAAUAUUCUACUUUGCGUGAAAAAGAUGAAAGGCAACACAUCUCAACACGUUCAUGCUACAGACAAUAUAGUGUCAAGUGUACAGCACCACAGGACCUCCGAUUUGAAUUAUGCCGCCUUAAAAUUUACAAGCCAAAGCUCAAGACAGCAGCGAGAGGAGAGACAAAGACCGACAGAGUACUCUGGACUGAAAUGUAAAAACUCUCUAUCGUAAUACUGAAUAUGCAUAGUUGCUAAUAUUGUUUGCUA